GCCAGGGUGAAAGGUCAGCGCGCCGGCGGCACUCCCAACAUGGCGGCGGCCCGGGCUGUGGCGCGCUGUCUGGGAGCCGGAGCGCGGCAGCUUCCCUCUCUUCGGGCCGCGCGGCUGCUCCUGCUGCUGGCCGCGGUGGCGGCGGUGGGGCCCCGGCAGGGCGUCGCGUCGCGGCUGUACCGCGUGGGCGAGGACGCCGUGUGGUUGCUGGACAGCGGCAGCGUGCGCUCGGCCACGAGCAACAGCUCAGCCGCGUGGCUAGUGCAGUUCCACUCGUCGUGGUGCGGCCACUGCAUCGGCUACGCACCCACCUGGCGAGCGCUGGCGGCGGACGUGCGAGACUGGGCUGCUGCCAUCCGUGUUGCUGCUCUGGACUGUGCAGAAGAAAAGAACCAGGACGUGUGCCGCACAUAUGACAUCCACUUCUACCCCACCUUCAGGUAUUUUAAAGCAUUCACAAAGGAGUUUACAACUGGAGAAAAUUUUAAAGGAACUGACAGGGAGCUUCGGACAGUCAGGCAGACAAUGAUUGACUUCCUACAGAACCAUACGGAGGACACCCGGCCUCCUGCAUGCCCACCCCUGGACCCUAUUCAGCCCAGUGACAUCCUUUCCCUCAUGGACAGCCACAGUGGCCAAUACCACGCUAUUAUGUUUGAAAGCAAUGCUUCUUAUGUUGGACGAGAGGUGAUCUUGGAUUUAAUUCCAUAUGACAACAUCAUGGUGAGCAGAGCACUGGAUGGGGACAAAGCAUUUCUGGAGACACUUGGCAUUUCUUCAGUUCCUUCCUGUUACUUGAUUUACCCAAAUGGGUCUCGUGGACUGGUUAAUAUCGCAAAGCCUCUACGAUCGUUUUUCUCAUCUUAUUUAAAAUCCUUACCGGAUGUGAGAAAAAAGUCACUUUCCUUCCCUGAAAAGCCCAACAGAGAAGAAAAUUCAGAGCUUAUGAUUUGGAAAGAAUUUGACAGGGCCAAGCUGUACACUGCAGACCUGGAGUCAGGACUUCACUACCUGCUGAGAGUGGAGCUGGCUGCGCACAGGUCCCUGGCUGGAGCUCAGUUAAAGACAUUUAGGGACUUCGUGACUGUCAUUGCCAAGCUGUUCCCCGGCCGGCCACCAGUCAAGAAGCUGUUGGAGACACUACAAGAGUGGCUGGCCAACCUUCCCCUGGACAAAAUUCCAUACAAUGCUAUUCUAGACCUAGUCAACAACAAAAUGCGGAUUUCUGGAAUCUUUCUUACCAGCCACAUAAAGUGGGUGGGAUGUCAAGGAAGCCGAUUGGAGUUGCGGGGCUACCCAUGCUCCCUCUGGAAACUGUUUCACACUUUGACGAUUCAGGCCUCCACCCAUCCAGAAGCGCUGGUUGGCACAGGUUUUGAAGAUGAUCCCCAGGCUGUGUUGCAGACCAUAAGGAGAUACAUUCACACAUUCUUUGGAUGUAAAGAAUGCGGUGAACAUUUUGAGGAAAUGGCUAAAGAGUCCAUGGAUUCUGUGAAAACUCCAGACCAAGCUGUUCUCUGGCUUUGGAGGAAGCACAACAUGGUGAACAGCCGCCUGGCGGGCCAUCUGAGUGAGGAUCCCAAGUUUCCAAAGGUUCCAUGGCCCACUCCAGAUCUCUGCCCAGCUUGCCAUGAGGAAAUUAAAGGCCUGGACAGCUGGAAUGAAGACCAAGUGCUUGUGUUCCUGAAGCAGCAUUACAGCAGGGACAACCUGGUGGACACAUAUUCAGUGGACCAGGGCAGUCCUGGGGACUGGGGAGUGCUGGGCAAGGAGCAGGAAGAAGGCAAAGGUCUUAACCCCUCAAGGAAGUCCUGGGGACAGCAGGACACUGAGAGUCUCCGCCCACCCCAUGUGCCGGGCCCCAGAACUGACCUUUCCAAGAACCUGCACCACAGGCUGGACCUAAGACUCCAGAGCCCCCAUGGGCUCCAGGCACUUGAGGAGGCCAAGGUAGCUGUGCCUUUUCUUGGGGUUGGCUUUUCCAGUCUAGACAUGAGCCUCUGUGUGGUGCUCUAUGUGGCCUCCUCCUUGUUCCUGAUGAUUAUGUACUUCUUCUUCAGAGUGAGGUCCAAGCGAUGGAAAGUUCGGCUCUACCACCCAGCUGUGUAGAGCACUUGGAACAGCCAUGUCCAUACAGAGGAAGCCUUGGAAACCACCCGCACACCUGCAGCUUUAAUGUUGGGAUCAGGGAUUUUGGAAAUGUACCCAGCAUAGUAUCUGGAGGAGCAUGUUUUGUUUUGUUUUUUCUACUGGAACAUUUUGCCUUGAUGGCACCUUGUCCUCACCUUCCCAUGUUAGACUUACGUCGAUUUGCCCUUGUAGGCCAAAAGAAAGCAGGUUCAUCACACAGCCGGCCAUGUUUCUGCUCCUUCCGUGAAGCCUCACAUCUACAUUUGCUCUCCCUCCCCACCCUACUCCCACUCUGGGGGCAGUGAUGAGCAGCCAAAGCAGAGGCCUCUCUAGGCAUCACACACCCUGCCACAGAUGAGAGCUCUGUACCUGUUCCUGCAUAAACGUGCUUUCGAGGGAGUUCAGGGUGCUCCGAGGUUGAGCAGAGAGGUUCAGGACCCAGAGGCCACUGAGUUGUGUUGUAGCUUCCCUGUGUCUUAAGAAAUAACCCAGGGUGGAGUGGGCCUUGGAUAGGGCAGGGUGGUGACAGGAGAAGGAGAUACGACCAUCCCUCUUGUGCUGUAGUGCAGUUCUGGUCUCUGUGGUGAAGUUCUGCCUGACAGCACAGCGGUGAGCACUGGUCUGCUGGGGGCGUGCAGUCUCCAGGAAGCCUCUAGAGCUCCUGUCAUGUCUCCUGGACACUGUGGUGGGGGCACAGGGUGCUGGGCACAUGCAGUAACCCCUGCACACUAGGGUCCUGGCCUUGAGAGUAACUUAAAAAAAAGUUAACAAAUUAAAUACAUUAUUUGUAAAAUCCUAAAACACUGAAUGCUAAAAUUGUGCCUAAAGACGUAAAAAAAAAAAAAAAAAAAGGACUAAGUCUACAUUUCUGGAGACAUUCCUGCUGAGACCCUCAGGAGUUUCUUUUUAUUUGUAUAAAGCAAGCGUGUCUGUGUCUGUGUCUGUGUGUACGCCUCUGUACUCACAUGGGUAUGACUAGGUUAGUUAAAUAUACAUUCACUUUGUAUGUUCUGUAUAUUUGUGUCCUUCCCAAUGACAGUUGAUCACAUGGGUAUCAUUUAAGACCCUGUAUUAUCAGUGUCCCUGCUGCCACUUAAGAAAAUGGACAGCUGUCUCCUUGGGCUUUUGUUAACCUCCUUCCAUCACAUGGGAGGAUCAGGUCUGAGAGUCAAGCCUCCCUGCUGGGGCAGAUGGCUUGGGUCCAGGCCCUUGAACCUCCUGCUUCACUUCCCUGUGGCAGGAGGAGGUUUCUUUGAAACCUGGAGUGCUGUGCUUAAAAAAAGAAAGAGAAAGAAAAUAAGAAAAAAAUAAGUUUGUCCUUAUUGCUGAUAGUGUUUCUAGGGUAUUGAGACACUACUGGUCUGUCAGCUGGAAAAUCAGGCCUAUUUAAGCAUGGCUCCAACGGGAAAUGCUAGAGCUCACAGUUGAACUGCCUCUGGGAAACAUUGCUGAAGGGCACUUCCUUAACUGUGACCCCAAGGCUGCCACAGACCCCCUCAGUGCCUGACAUGGCUGAUGUUUGCAGAAGCCCUCUCUGGGCAGAUCCUAUUUCAGCUGCCCUUGUGGAGUCCCGGAUCAUCCCUUUUGGAGGACAGGCUUGUCAUGUACAUCCCUGUUUGAACUGUCCAUUCUGCAGUGAAAAGGCUUGCGUUCCUCCAAGACUGCUCAGCCUGGGACCCACCGUUAGGCCAAGUGUAAGGUUUGAAGUAUUAUAAGGGGAAUUUCAAUUAGUGAAUAUAAUAAAUUCAGUAAUUUAAAUGUUUAUUUAUUUUUAAUGCAAAGAUUUUGAUUAAAAAGUCAGUUGACAUAAAAAUGUAAAUGAAAUUUCUUACCUUAAAGGGUACAUUUUGUAUUUAAGUAAACUAUUGUGCACAUUGUAAGAAUAAAGAAAUCGGACAUUCAGUAA